AGUCAGGAUGGGCAAUGAAUCAAGCUAUCCUCUGGAAAUGUGCUCGCACUUUGAUGCUGAUGAGAUUAAACGACUAGGAAAACGGUUUAAGAAACUGGAUUUGGACAAUUCUGGUUCGCUGAGCGUAGAAGAGUUUAUGUCUCUGCCCGAGUUACAACAAAACCCGCUAGUACAGCGAGUUAUAGAUAUAUUUGACACAGAUGGAAAUGGCGAAGUUGACUUCAAAGAGUUUAUUGAAGGUGUCUCCCAGUUUAGUGUGAAGGGUGAUAAGGAACAGAAACUGCGAUUUGCUUUCCGUAUCUAUGACAUGGAUAAGGAUGGGUACAUCUCCAAUGGAGAGCUUUUCCAGGUACUGAAGAUGAUGGUCGGGAACAAUCUAAAGGACACUCAACUACAGCAAAUAGUAGACAAAACCAUAAUAAAUGCGGACAAAGAUGGAGAUGGAAGAAUAUCCUUUGAAGAGUUUUGUGCAGUUGUAGGAGGCCUAGACAUCCACAAAAAGAUGGUCGUUGAUGUGUGACCUCAUUAAAGGCUCCACCCAACACUUCUGCUUUCUUCUCCAUCUCUGAAGAUCUGCUCAAGUUGUCCAGCAAUGCUUUCUGUGUAUUUAAUGGAAGUAUUUUCUCUGUGAAGCCACUUUUUCCAACAUGAGCCUCAUGAAGCCAACUAAGUGUUAUUGAACUUCAAUUCUCUCAAUAACCAGUGUAGCACUUUAAAAUCUGAAAGACAGCUGAAAAGGAGCAUCUCAGUGUGAUGGAGAAGGGGAAGGGGCUGGAUUUUUAUUUAUUUCAUUUUCAUCUUUUAUAACAAGGACGUAUAUCUAUAGCUUUGUAAAUGUAAAAGUAGUUGGUUGGGCUUUAAUAAUCAACAUGAUGCAGAGGCUUGAUUUAAAAACAGUAGUCUACAAAGUGCCAAGCAUGGAUGACACAAAGCAUUUUAAAAUACUUUGUCAUAAAAUUGUUUUUAUUUGGUUCCCCAUUUAUAUGUAUUUCACAUCUGACAGAUUGUAAGGAAUCUGUUUAAAAUUUCCUGUCUUUCCUGUGAACAGGGUUUAACUUGUACUGUUCUUGUUUUGAUAUAUUGACUGUUUUGAUAGAACACGUUUGUUUCCAGUCACUCAAACAAAAUAAUUUACAUUUGUUUUGAAUGUUUUGGGUUCCUCUUUUGAGGAUUGUAUCCCUUUCUACCAGCCUGUCUUUCAUCAAUUACUUUAGUAUAAUGUAGAUGCCAAGAAACCUGCCCUUUGUGCAACUGUAAAUGGCAGACUAAUUAUGUAGCAUAUCUUUCUGUAUACUGUCUUGGUAAAGUCUGAGGAUUACUACUGAUUGAAGGGAUCCCCAAAAUACAAAAUUACUGUUUUCAAUCACAUUGGAUUGGUAGAACUGCAAGUUGAUGCUUUGCAUUUGAAUCCUAUGGUUGAAAACCAACUUUCAGUUGGUCUUUAAAGGCCAUCUGAAAAUAUUGUUCAUUUCAUCAUUCAAGUGUGCAAUAAUUCAAGGACUAUAAAAUGAAAAGCACCAGUUAACAAAAGAACUCUUCUUCAAAAAUAAGUCACAUUGAAAGUUUGAGUGGUUAUACCUCCUGGUUAUUUUUGCCACACAUAAUCUGGAGUUAGUUUUUCUCCCUAAAAUGUUGUAGUUGCUCUUCACUUGUCUCCAACCUCCUGUGAGUUUGUGUACAUGCAGCAUGGGAGCAAUGAGCUGAAUUUCUUCUUCUUUGCCCCCCCACCUUGUCUCCCAAAUAACCUUUUAUAAUCGCUUUGUUUUUUUUGCUAAGAUAUGAAGUUGUAAAGAAAGAAACAAAGUUUUUAAUAGAGGCAACUAAACUUUACAGCAGGACUUGUUUAUAAUCUCCUUAAUCCAGUCUCUUCAUUUUAUUAAGAUGUGUAAUGGGGGGGAAGGGGCAGGCCAGACUGCUUUAUGUGCUUAGUAAAACUGCUCAAGCACCCCUAUGCCAUAGCUGUUCCUUCAGCUAAGUGCUGCACACUGGUGGGCUCUGUCUGUGAGAGAUCCAGGUGCUUGGUGUCCUUGCAUGACAAGAAACUUUUGCAUGUAGAUUGAAAUAUUCCUCCUGUUUACAUAAAUCGCAAUGUUCAUAUAAAAGUUGCCAAAUGUUGGUAAAUGUUGAAGAAAAAUAACUCCACUAAAUGUAUUCUUUCUUCCUCUGGAUUGGUGCAUGGCUUGCAACUACAGCCAGUUGUAUCUGCUCCAGUGUCAACUGCCAUGUGCUACGCUUCAAGGGGAAUCUAGUCUUUUUGUGAAUUUACUUGUACAUAAGUAUUUGUUAUAGUCAUGUAGAAAUGCUCUUUCCCUUUGCUCGUGCAUAAUUUGACUGCAAUCCAAGAUAGUGCAAACAUCUUUUCCUUAUUACAAGGAAUGAGUUUUUAUUUAGAUUGUGUGGGAAAACAAUGUUGAAUGUUUAGUUUUUUCUCUGCAUGCUGCAUCAUAUGCUGUGGGACUAUUGGAACCUUCAUACUGUAAUAGUAAAUUGAAUAAAAUAUUUGAAACUUU